CAUCACCAUCCUUCUUCUUCCUCACUUGUACUGCAACCUAGAUGCCCCCUCCAGCACGGCCGAUAGCCCCCAGCCAGCUGUCGAGCACUCCCUCGCAGGGACAGGGACUAACCAUCGAUCCAGUAUUCAUUGCGCCUGACUUUGAUGUCAAGACAUGGAUUAAUUCUGUCCUUGACGUGACCUUAUCUAGACCUUCUUCAACUGCAACAACUGUCAAUAGUAUUUCAGCACACGCUUCAUCGUUGCCACAAACGAGCACUAAUGCAAACGCAAGUGGUGCAAUAAAACCAUCGGUCUCGUUAAAUACGCUAAAUGAUUCAGAUGUCUCGCUAGAUGCAUCCUUAGACCUCUUGCAAACCCCAGCACUCGACCCUGUACUUGAUGAUGGCCAAAACCAAGCUGAUCAAGACGCGUUAUUGCAAUCUCCUUCCGUAUCCACUACUAUUCUUUCGACAUCUGAGAGCCAACAGCAGCAAAAGGCCAAUACAGCGGCAUUCAAAAGCCAUAACGCAUUCUUGACUCAGCAUGCCACGAAUUACCUUACAAAACUCCACCUUCUCGCUAAUCAGACUUCUACUGCUCUUUCUGUCACAACACAAGAGAUGGUUAAGACCCUUCCGCGUCUCAUCCAUGAACUCGACCAAUUACGACAAGAGACAAAAACAUUGCAGGAAGGGAUUCAGCUCGUCAGAAGCGAUAUCAACUUGGUCGAUUCAUCUGAAACGGCUCAGUCCUUGGAUCGGCUCAAGUACCUGGAUUUGGUCAAAACUCGUAUGGAGGCCACACACGCUUCACUAAGAGAGGCUGAGAACUGGAGAAACCUCGAAGCUGAAGCGAAUGAAAUCUUGACUAAAGGCGAUUUUAUGCGUGCUGCUAUGCGCUUAUCAGAGGCAGAACGCUCACUUGUGGUUUACAAAAAUACUAUUGUCGAGGGCGAUCGUAUGGCACUCCUAUUGGCACUUAAGGACCAACUAGAGCGGCAGUUAAUGGGCAAAGUCAAGGAAGCACUCGAACAAAAGGAUACUGCAUUAUGUCAAAGCCUCAUCACUGCAUUUGGGCUUAUCAGUCGCCAGGGAAAGUUUCAAGAGUAUUACAACUCUCAACGGCGCGCUCCUUUACUACAGCAAUGGGAAGCCUUGGUCGAAGCGAUCAACAUAAGCUCGCAUAAAACUAGUAGUAGUACUGUAUCAUUGACGCCCAAUAAUGCAGCUGUAAACUCAAAGGAUUUUCUUUCAGUAUUGCAUGCAUUUUAUAAAGAUGCAUCUAGCAUGUUGCGUGAUGAAUUUGCAUGGAUCAGUACAAUUUUCUCGGAUCCAGCUGCGACGAUCCACAGUCUUGUCCAGGAUAUUUUCACCCAUAUUGAUCCCAACAUGCAGAUAGUUUUACAGCAUGUUGGCAAAUCUCUUGGAGACGAGGGAAGUUUACCAGUUUGGAUCUCGGCCUUCUCAGCCACAGAAUCAUUUGGAGCAAUGCUGGAGCGGAUUGUCUCACAGCCGUUAGUUGGAAACCAACGUGAGCAUGUUGGUAGCCGACCAAGAGCAGGUACUCUUGUACAAGGCGCUGAUACAAAAGAUGGUAUGGGGACACAUUCCAUACGAUCAUCAAUUGGACCUGAAUCACAUGAGAUUAGAUCUAUCCACGACCCCAAUGAAUGGGCAUUUAUUCUGUAUGAACCAUUUAUGCCCUAUCAACGUGAUUAUGGAAAGCUGGAAGGCAUUCAUUUACAGUCCUUGCUCAUCAAGUCUAUGCCCUCAAUGGCGCCCCAUUCGGAUAAUUCAGUGCGGUAUCAGGAGCUUUCUAAGAUCAGCUCCAAUCUUGUAAAGAUUAUGGCCAACGCCAACAACAUUGCGUUCGGUCUAGCAGAAGGAGCUAUUGGGCGUUGUAUACGUUUGACACAUGGAUUCGGAGCUCCAGGAUUAUUGGAUGGGAUCAAUAAUUUUUUCAAGGAAAUAAUAGAUCGCUAUACAGAGAUUUUGCUGAAUUGCCGACAGAAAGCAGGUCUACAAGUGGACGAGACUCUUAGCAGUCAAUCGAAGUACGACGACCGUAGCAGAAAUCCUAAUGCAGGUCUCAAAUAUGAAGCUUUAGAUGACGAGGAAGAUGAGGGUGAAGAUUCAGAAGGAUGGGAUGAAGAUGUCAGUGAGCAGAACCAGCGCUCAUUCCAAAUGGGGCUCCGGUUGAUGGUCCUCUGCCGUCAACUCUGCCUCAAGCUCGAAUAUCUUGAUAUCAAGACAAAGAAAGCGCUGCUUGGCGUAGAGGAUUUGAUAAAGGUCGAUAGGGCAAGUCUAGACAGUGAUCAACAAGGGUCUCACCACCUUUCAUCUACAACAUCAUCCAUGUUUGAUCACGGAUCAUCCGGUUCGGGAGCUAGGCUGGCGAUUCAGCCUCCUAACGCCUCGAUCGCGCUGCUCCAGCAAUCCAACCUUAACAGCUUCCGCUUACAAGAGAUCUUAGAGAUUGUCAAGAAAUCAGACUUGAAGGAGGAUCAAGCCGUAACUGGAGGGCUCGCUAGUGAUGGAGUGGACCGUCUUUCUGCAGAGACUGAUUUGGGACUGGAGCCCAAGCCCAACCACCUAUACCUUCAAAGCCACCAGUAUGCAGCCCAUUUAGCGAGGUUAUGCCAGCGCUUUAUUUUCGACUCCAUAUAUAUCCCAUUAGUACGUCCCCUGUCUGAUAUAGCGCUGCUUUCAUGCUGGACAGAAGGCAUUGAUCAGCAGGGACAGGGCGAUCUAAGGAGCACAAGACGAAUUCAUCAGAGUACUUUGGGCGGUACGCGCACGGAUGUGAUCAAAUUUAGGUCAAGUCCCAGUGAUUAUAUGGAGGAGCUACUCCGCCAGCUUUCGGGCUUGCCACUAACUUUUGACAUGUACAAAGGUGAUCUUGGACUUCGGUUUGGUAUUCACUUAUUACCAUAUGCUGAUAGGCCACUCGAUUCCACUCACCGUCAGGAUUCUACAGAACAGCCAUCCAGUGCCAUCAUUGACGGAGAUGAAGAUGGUGUAGUGGUAGACAAAGUGAAUGGAGAGGACCUUAGUGUUGGCAAAAGCGAUAUUGCUAUCAAGGAGGAAUACCAAGACUAUAGAGAGCAUGAGAUGACUGAAGAAGAUGAUCUGACUGUAAUGCUUCGAUGGAUUACAUCGCUCUCUCGGGCAGCGAUGCACACGUUAAUUGAACGUCUUUAUAAUCCUAAUCAGAAGCAGAUAUCAUUUCCAGCAGCAAUUAUUCCAACAAUUACUCAACACAACCGCUUUGCAGGUGUAUCAUCGCCUGCAUUGGCUUCUUCAUCUGCUGGUCAGUCAACGAAUCUCGUUUUCAAGGAUCAUUAUCUUUCGCGAUUGUCAGAUUCUGGAGCCAAGCAAUUGGAGAUUGAUCUCACGUAUUUUGUCGACAAUUGCCUAACAUCCCUCGGUAUUAAGGCCACACCCAGUAUUCGCGCUCUGCUUAAGGCGUUACAACUGAGUGAGGCAGGCCUUCUAAUGGCACUGCAACAAGUGCAGGAACAGAUCGAGGAGUAUCAUUCGUCAUCUUCGAUCGUAAGAUCAUCCUCGCCCUUACCCUCAUCCUCUAGGACCAAAUGCAGACGAUCAUUCCAAACGGCUUUGGAACUUCAGCAUGCGCCGCUAGUGAUUCCUGGCGCACCAGUUAUGCCUACGGUGCUUGUUGUAGCAGAGGAGGACAUCGAGGGCCAACUAGAGGUCGAGAAAAAGGUGUUGGAAUGGGUUGCAAUGCUAAAAGGCAUCGACAUUUUGCAGUUAUCCUUAGGUGCUUCAUGAUCAGUAGGC